UUUACACACACACAAAAAAAACACAUAAAUAAAUCAAAUUAGAUAAUAUCUGUCGUUUUUUAAUAAAAUUGUUGACUACGAGAUUUUUUAUUCUGAAGUCUGGCAACACUGCAUAAAGGAAAUUGUGUUUAUUUUGGUUACGGUGUUCGUGUUCGAGUGUAAUUUCAUUUCAAAUGGAAAAGAAAAAUUUUAAUAAAUUUCAAAAAAGUUAUGAAUGUAAAAAGGAACCAGAAUUGGAUUGCAACUGUGAGAAAAAAGAAGAAUGGGACUGCACAAUUCAUGGACUCUCUGUUGAUGUGCAAGUGCAGGAAGCAUUAAUUGAAUCUGAUUAUCAGUCCUCGCCUAAUUUACCAGAGAAUCUCUCCAUCCGACCGUCGUCGAUACCUGGAGUUGGUUAUGGAAUUUGGUCCAACACAGAAAUUCCCAAAGAAGUUAUUUUUGGUCCUUAUGAAGUUCUUACGUAUCAAAAUAUCGAUUCGGGACAAAAGAGUGAAGUAUCUGUUGAUAAUUGGAUGCAUUAUAUAAAUUCAACAUGCAAUAAACAACAACAAAACCUGAUUGCUUUUGAAUAUAAUGGACAUUUAUAUUAUCGCACAUCUAAAGUAAUAGCUCCUGACACAGAACUGCUGGUUUUACAUGAUGAUGAAUUAAAGAAUAGAGCUAGAGACAAAGAAUUUCUACAUAAACUGAGGCCUAAUAUUGAACUGACUGAGCUUACAGAUAAAACUGUCAGUUUAGGAGCCACUACAACUUCAUUAAAUGAAAAUAUUUACAACAAUUCAAAAUCUUGGAAAUUAUCAGAACAAAUUUAUCAACAACAGUGUACAGAAUCUGUUGUAAUAUCUAAAAUAAAAUAUAAAAAGUCAGAUCCAAGACAAUGUAGAUUAACAGAUGGCUUGAUUCAUUAUCUUUGUAGAGGCAUGCAUUCAUUACAUACUAUAGAAGAAUCAGCUUUUAUAGAUUUUGUCACUUUGUUGGAUCCAAAAUUUUCUAUUCCAAGUUAUAAAGAACUUACAACAGAUUUAAUUCCAGCAUUGCACGAAGUUAUUAAAAAUAACAUUAUUUUGGAAUUGAAAAAAGUAGAAAAUGUUUGUAUAGCUCUUGAUUUUUGGAAUAUAAGCAGUAGUAAUUAUCUUAGUGUAACAUGUCAUUUUAUUAAUGAAGAAUGGAUAUUAAAGAAUUAUUUAUUAGAAACAGUACAGUUUUCAUGUGCAAGCAGUUCCAAUGAAAUAAAAGAAAUAUUGAAUGAAAUUUUUUCAAAAUGGAAUAUAAAAGAUAAGGUACAUGUUAUUGUAUGUCACAAUGAUACAAAUUGUAUUAAUACAAUUAAUAAAAUGGAUUUGAUUCAUAUCCCUUGUUUUAGUCAUAUUUUAAAUUUGGCUUUAAAAAAGAGUCUUAAUGCUGGAAUAAACAAUUAUGUAGAAAAAUGCUUAAAAUUAGGAAGAAUUCUUUGUCAAUUAAAUGAUGAAUCCUUAUGUUUGCAAAAACAAAUCUUUUCAAAAUUAUCUAUCCAAAAAUUAAUGGUUAAGUGUAAAAUAAGUUGGUCAUCAAUUUAUUAUUUAAUAAAGCAAAUAGUAGAACAGAAAGAAGCAAUUUGUUCUUUAGUUCUUGAAUUAAAUGAAAUCCUCUCAGAAAGUGAUAUGAUCAUUUUUGAACAGUUAAUAGAAUUGUUAGAGCCAUUUGCAGAAUUAACGGAAGAUUUGAUUCCAGAUACUUACCCUGUGAUUUCAACAAUAAAACCAACAUUAUAUCAAUUGAAUAAUCAUUUAUUGUCAUCAUCAAAAGAUGAGAAGUGUAUAAAGAUGAUAAAACUUGUAAUACAAGAAUGUUUGAAUGACAAAUAUCAAGAAAACUGUCAUAAUUUUCUUUUAGAAUCUUCAUUUUUAGACCCUAGUUUGAAAAAACUCCCCUUUCUUGGAUCUAAUGAGAUGUCAAAGUUGUGUUGUAACAUUAAAGAUAAAAUGGAAAAUGUUCAGAGAAAGAAAUUUUCAUUAACAAAUAAAAAUUUAGAAUGUUGCACAUCAGAACCAUCAUACAAAAAAUUAAAAGGAUCAUUAAAAUUGCUGCAUUCUUUAUAUGGAAAUUCUCAUGAGUCUGUAUUAAAUGAUAAAAUUUCAGAAGAACUAAAUCAUUACAUAACUGCAACAAGUGUUCCUCUAGGGACAGAUAUUUUACGUUACUGGAAAAAGCAUAUUACUAUUUAUCCAAAUUUAGCAAUUUUAGCUAAAAAAUAUUUGUGUGUUCCUGCAUCAAGCAUUCCUAAUAACAGAGCAUUUAAUAAUGAAGGUUUUAUUAUGAACUGUAAAAGAUCAAUAAUUCAUCCAGAUAAUGUAAAUGUACUUACAUUUCUUAAUUAUAAUCUCAAAGAAUAAAUGAAAUAAUUAUGUAAAAGUGAAUUAAGUCAUAUUAAAGCAUAUAGUAAAAGA